GGGGCUCGGCUUUGAGCGUGCCGCCGGUUUGUGCGUACUUGCGCUCGUUUGUACCCCUCCAGCGCCCGGGCGACACACAGCAGCUAGCCAAGCCAGCCAGCCAGCCAGCUAGCGUCGCGGCGAGCCAUGGUGAACGUAAAGAAACGGAAAGGUCGCGUCGUGAUCGACUCCGACUCGGAGGACAGCGCCAGCGACGACAACUUAGACCAGGAACUUUUGUCCUUGGCAAAGAGGAAGAGGGUAGACUCGGGUGAGCAGGAAGAGCCCGUUAGUAAACCCGCUGCCUCCACAGACUCCGAAACAUCUGACAGUGACGAUGAGUGGACUGUUGGUGGCACCAAAGGCAAAAAGAAGGUUAAACAAGGGAAGGGGUCCGACAAAAAGAACACAACAAAAAAGAGGGUCAACAAAGCAGCGGCUUCUGGGAGCUCUGAUGGAGACAGUUCAGCUGAGAGCUCAGCGCCGGAGGAAGGCGAGGUGUCAGACUCGGAGAGCAACAGCUCCUCCUCCAGCUCGGACUCGGAUUCCUCCUCCGAGGACGAUGUGUUCCGGGACGGCUACGAUGACGACCUGAUGGGGGAUGAGGAGGAUCGAGCUCGGCUGGAGCAGAUGACCGAGAAGGAGCGAGAACAAGAGCUGUUCAACAGAAUUGAGAAGAGAGAGGUGCUGAAGAGACGGUUUGAAAUUAAAAAGAAGCUGAAGACCGCGAAGAAGAAGGAGAAAGAGGAGAAGAAGAAGAAGCAGGAGGAAGAGCAAGAGAAAAGAAAACAAUCUCAGGUUCAAGACACACAAGUGGUCAUGUCACAUAACAAGGAGAGACGGUCCAAACGGGAUGAAAAACUUGACAAGAAGUCCCAGGCCAUGGAAGAACUGAAGGCAGAGAGGGAGAAGAAAAAGAACAGAACAGCGGAACUGCUGGCCAAGCGUCAGCCCUUGAAAACAAGUGAGGUGUACUCUGAUGAUGAGGAAGAAGAAGAGGAGGAUGAUGACAAGUCGUCCGUAAAAAGUGACCGGAGCUCACGUUCUUCGUCAUACGAUGAAGACGAAAAAGAGGAGACCCCACCAAAGUCCCAGCCCGUGUCACUUCCAGAUGAGCUGAACCGGGUCCGCCUGUCCAGGCACAAACUGGAGCGCUGGUGCCACAUGCCCUUCUUCGCCAAGACCGUGACGGGCUGCUUUGUGAGGAUAGGGAUAGGGAACAGCAGUAGUAAACCAGUUUACAGGGUUGCUGAAAUAGUGGACGUGGUAGAGACGGCAAAAGUUUACCAGCUUGGAUCAACAAGAACAAACAAGGGCUUACAGUUAAGGCACGGUGGCGACACGCGGGUUUUUCGGCUCGAGUUUGUGUCAAAUCAGGAGUUCACAGAAAAUGAGUUCAUGAAGUGGAAAGAGGCUAUGAUAGUUGCCGGCAUGCAAGUCCCAACACUUGACGAGAUAACCAAAAAGGAGCAGUCCAUCAAAGAAGCACUGAACUACAAGUUCAACGACAAAGACAUAGAGGAUAUUGUGAAAGAGAAAGACCGGUUCCGAAAGGCGCCACCAAAUUAUGCCAUGAAGAAAACCCAGCUCCUCAAAGAUAAGGCCAUGGCAGAGGAGAGUGGGGAUGGCGAUAAGGCGAAGGUUAUCCAGGAUGAGCUGAAUGAAUUGGAGGAGAGGGCGGAAGCACUUGACAGGCAGAGGACCAAGAACAUCUCUGCUAUCAGCUAUAUUAACCAGAGGAACAGAAGUUGGAACAUUGUGGAAUCUGAAAAGGCACUUGUAGCUGAAGGACAAAAUGCAAAGAACCAACAGAUGGACCCUUUCACUCGAAGACAGUGCAAACCCACUAUGGUGUCUAACGCCAGAGACCCAUCCGUACACGCAGCUAUCCUCGCUCACUUAAAUCAGAAGUACGGCUCAGGGUCGGGGCAAGAUCCGAAUGCUUCAGAAAAGAACAAACUGGGACAACCUAGCCAGAAAGACAAAGAUGUCCCCAAGCCAACCAGUGACCUCUCGGAGGACCUUUUUAAAGUUCACGAUUUUGAUGUCAAGAUUGACCUACAGGUUCCGAAUGCAGAGGCAAAGUCUCUCUCGGUAAGCUCCAAUGCACUGCCAGUGAAGGAUGGCGCUCCACGCAGGUCCCUGAACUUGGAAGACUAUAAGAAAAGAAGGGGCCUAAUCUAAGAGGAGGAACCUGGAUCCUCAUUUAAAACCCACAUAAAACACACACAGGCAUGUUACACAUGUCUGUGUGUGUUUUACACACACACAGACAUGUGCUGUGUGUGUCUGUGCGAGAGAGAUAUGAGAAUGAUCUAGCGCAUCACAGCUGAAGUGUGUUUGAGCAGCGAUACAAGAGACUGUUUAUCCUAACACAGGAAAUACUGAUUUGAGAUGAAGACAUUUUUCUCAAAGGAUCUCUCUAGGAAAAAACUUGUGCAUAUUUUUUUUUCCAUUUUCAUGUGCAAACUCGUACAAACUCGAAUUGUAUUUUUCUUAGUUAUUUUACAUUUUUAUGUAUUUUUCUUUUCCCUCGUUUGGAUCUUCGUUUUACUCCUUUUUUGUGUCCCUCAUUUCUUAGGGCACAUGUUAACGGACUAUUACCUUGAACAAGGACUAUCUAUCUAGCAAUGUAUCUCAUAAGAUAGAUUGCUAAUUUACUUUGAGAUUACUGGACUGGACACUCAACGGAAGCUGACCAUAUUUUUAUUUUUAUUUUUGUGUCACCACCACUGAAUUACAAUCUUUGUAGAUUUUUUUUUUCCCCCCCAAAAGACAAUAUCUGUAUUUGCAGUCCAUCCCAAGUUUGCCAGUUUAUUGGUAUUUUUACAGCGCCGCGAAUGAGAAGCUCCAUCUGUAACCCAACUGCAACCUCCGGCCCUCUGUUCGAACAUGAACAGAACAAUAGGAAAUGGAAGCAGAUGGACAUUUGUCACUUUUUAUGAUUUUGAAACAAUCUGACAGGAGACAAACUUUUCUAUGGUUGAUUAAAAGUGUUGUUCUGUUUCUAUUAUCUCUAGUUUGGUUGUUUAUGAGAUGAUCUCCUCGCCCCAACUCCCAGAGCAGAUUCUAAGUGUAAUCAGUUGUGUCCAUAGUUCUUGUAUUGAUGUGGCAUGCCAUGUAAAUAUGCAUUUUGGAGUGAGAUCAGGAAAAAUAAAGAGGCACU